AGCCUUCUACAGCCUUCUCAGCGCGGCUGGGGCUUUUGCCUCUUCCUCGAGCUUCUCCAGUGUUCCAACUUGGGACGUAAAAGCAAACAAAACCAAUUUCAACGACGAGCUCUUUUUUUCGUCUUUAAUUUAGUGCUGCAAAACUGGUCCGAAGUUAUAAGAUUGAGCUCUAAUUUGGGGCUCCGGUUUUGAUGAAUUAAUGUCGACGUCGAGGCUCAGUAGAAUAGCGCUCUCGGCCGCCCUUAGGGUCUCUCGCUCUAACUUUCGGCCACCGUCAAUUUGUCGCGCUGCCCAAAUACUCUCUUCUUCUUCCUCAGGUAGCAGUUUCCCUCCUCGCUCUGUCAAUGAAUUUGGCGGUGUGGAGAUUCCAACACCAUCAUGCUUCAACGACGUCGGUUUGAGCAAAGUGUUCGCUCGCUCUUACUCCACUGUCUCCAGCUCCAGCUCCGGCCAGGCAGUGCAGCACCGUAUUUAGCCGAAAAUUGACGUCCUUGAAGCUCGCGAAAUUCCAUAUAUGGUUUUAGAUUCGAUCAUGUGUUAUGCAUCUAAAACACUGUGAUUCUCGUCUGGUGCAUAUUAAUUAAAUUACUGUAUAUCGGAACAACAGCACGGAAAGAUUUAUAGAUGCUGGAGUAGCUCUGUUGAAGGAAUCAUAGAUGUCAGUAAUCCACUAUUCUGUCUUCGAGACUUGUGAUAAAUAAUUCAGAGUUCACUGAGAUGGCAUGGGAUGGAGUAGUUGGUGCUGUUGAUGCAGCACGAGCCAACAAACAGCAGGUGGUGGAGACUGAGCAUCUAAUGAAAGCACUGCUAGAGCAGAAGGAUGGGUUAGCUAGGAGGAUAUUCACCAAGGCAGGGCUAGACAAUACAUCAGUUCUACAAGCUGCAGAGGAGUUUAUAUCUCAACAGCCUAAGGUAACAGGUGAUACCAGUGGUCCGAUACUGGGCUCCAGUCUCAGUUCUCUCUUGGAUGCUGCACAAAAGCAUAAGAAAGAUAUGGGGGACUCUUUUGUGUCUGUGGAGCAUCUUCUAUUAUCAUUCACUUCCGAUAACAGGUUUGGUCAGAUGUUAUUUAGGAAUCUGCAGCUUACUGAGAAAGCUUUGAGGGAUGCUGUUACUGCUGUUCGUGGAAGUCAGAGAGUAACUGACCAGAAUCCAGAAGGAAAAUAUGAAGCACUUGAGAAAUAUGGCAAUGAUUUAACAGAACUUGCUAGACGGGGUAAACUUGACCCAGUUAUUGGUCGUGAUGAUGAAAUUCGAAGAUGUGUGCAGAUAUUAUGUCGCCGAACCAAAAACAACCCUGUUAUUAUUGGUGAACCUGGGGUGGGGAAAACUGCAAUUGCUGAAGGGUUAGCUCAAAGAAUUGUGCGCGGUGAUGUUCCAGAACCUUUAUUGGAUCGCAAGUUGAUCUCCUUGGAUAUGGGUUCAUUGCUUGCUGGUGCUAAAUUCAGAGGAGAUUUUGAAGAAAGGCUUAAAGCUGUUCUGAAGGAAGUCACUGCCUCAAAUGGGCAGAUAAUAUUAUUUAUUGAUGAGAUACAUACUGUAGUUGGUGCAGGGGCUGUUGCUGGAGCUUUGGAUGCUGGAAACUUGUUAAAGCCAAUGCUUGGUCGUGGUGAGCUCAGGUGCAUUGGAGCAACCACAUUGAAUGAAUACAGGAAGUACAUUGAGAAGGACCCUGCUCUAGAACGUAGGUUCCAACAAGUAUUUUGUGGUGAGCCAUCUGUAGAAGAUACUAUCUCCAUCCUUCGUGGAUUGCGUGAGCGGUAUGAGCUGCAUCAUGGGGUCAAGAUUUCUGACAGUGCACUUGUGUCAGCGGCAGUCCUGGCACAUCGUUAUAUAACAGAGCGUUUUCUGCCAGACAAAGCCAUUGACCUAGUUGAUGAAGCUGCUGCAAAAUUGAAAAUGGAGAUCACUUCGAAGCCCACAGAGUUGGAUGAGAUAGAUAGGGCUGUUAUGAAGCUAGAGAUGGAGAAACUCUCUCUCAAAAAUGACACCGACAAAUUAUCUAAAGAACGGUUAAGCAAGAUUGAGAACGAUUUGACAUCUCUUAAGCAGAAACAAAGACAGUUGAAUGAACAGUGGGAGAGUGAAAAAGUUCUUAUGAAUAGAAUACGCUCAAUUAAGGAGGAGAUUGACAGAGUUAACCUUGAAAUGGAAGCUGCUGAGCGAGAUUAUGACCUGAAUCGUGCUGCUGAACUCAAAUAUGGGACACUGAUGUCCCUCCAGCGCCAACUUGAAGAAGCUGAGAAGAACCUUGCUGACUAUCGGAACUCUGAACAAUCUUUGCUCCGGGAAGAAGUGACAGAUCUUGAUAUUACCGAAAUUGUUAGCAAAUGGACUGGCAUCCCAUUAUCAAAUCUUCAGCAGUCUGAGAGGGAUAAGCUUGUCUCUUUGGAACAGGAACUUCACAAAAGGGUAGUUGGUCAGGAUAUGGCUGUCAAAUCUGUAGCUGAUGCAAUCAGGCGCUCAAGGGCUGGCCUGUCCGACCCAAAUCGGCCUAUUGCAAGCUUCAUGUUUAUGGGUCCCACAGGUGUUGGUAAAACCGAGCUUGCAAAGGCACUUGCUGGUUACCUAUUCAAUACUGAAAAUGCUCUGGUGCGGAUAGAUAUGAGUGAAUACAUGGAGAAACAUGCAGUCUCUCGAUUGGUUGGUGCACCACCGGGGUAUGUGGGUUAUGAAGAAGGUGGGCAACUCACUGAAGUGGUCCGUCGUAGGCCUUAUUCAGUUGUGCUUUUUGAUGAAAUUGAGAAGGCACAUCAUGAUGUUUUUAACAUUCUAUUACAGUUGUUGGAUGAUGGAAGAAUCACCGAUUCCCAGGGAAAAACUGUUAGUUUCAGAAAUACUGUUGUGAUUAUGACAUCAAAUAUUGGUUCUCACUAUAUCCUUGAAACUCUUAGAAACACGGAGAACAGUAAAGAGGCAGUUUAUGAUCUGAUGAAAAAGCAGGUGGUUGAGUUGGCUAGACAAACUUUUAGGCCGGAAUUUAUGAAUCGAAUUGAUGAGUACAUUGUUUUCCAACCUCUGGAUUCCAAACAAAUCUGCAAAAUUGUUGAACUACAGAUGAGUCGUGUUAAGGAGAGACUCAAACUGAAAAAAAUUGACCUCCAUUACACUCAGGAAGCAGUCAAUCUUCUGGCGACACUGGGUUUCGAUCCUAAUUUUGGAGCUCGCCCUGUGAAGCGGGUGAUUCAGCAAUUGGUUGAGAAUGAAAUUGCUAUGGAAAUUUUAAGGGGAGAUCUAAAGGAGGAGAACUCAAUCAUUGUCGAUGCUGAUACAUCCUCGAGGGCUCGAGAUCUUCCACCUCAGAGUAGAUUAGUAAUAACGAAAAUGGGAAAUAAUACUGCAAUAGAUGCCAUGGUUGCAAAUGACUGACUUUUUCUUUCUAUUGAGGAGGCAUGCACGCACUUUUCUGAACCAAAACUGGAGUUGAUCACGCGAGAUAAAAAGUGGGGAGGAGGUUCUUGCGAGUUCGUGCAUUAAGUUGCUGCUGCUUGUGCGUUUGCAGUUUUUAUUACAAGGGCAAGUCUUGAGGAUACUGCGAUAAUUUUGGAUGAAUAUAUAUUUCUCGAUGAUUAGUGAAGAGUGAGAUCCUCCUAUUUUAUUGAGUAAUGAGUUGGGAUGUAAUUCUUACUUAGUUGGAGAGCUUAAUUGAGAUUUAGGGUGCAAAAUUGAAUUUUGAAAUCUAAAAUUUGAGUUAAUUAAGUUAUUAAAUUUUUAA